GUCAAAUGUCAAAAAUAAAAACUGAAUAAAAUUUUUCAAAAUAUGGCUCAAGCACAACUUCGAACUGCCGUAGCUUCAAUGUCGGUAUCGAACGCGCCAACUGAAAUCGAUGCAUACGAUGACGAGGAAAUAGAUCCAGAUAUAGCUGCUGAAAUAAUGGAAGACUGGGAUACAAAUAAAGCUCUGGUUGAAGCACACAAAAAAUCUAAACAGAAUAUCUGCGAAACAGAAACAAAUCCUGCUCUUGUUCAAGUUGAAAAACUAAUUUAUCCUACCCUUCAAAAUUUUCUCAUAAAACUUCUGCAUAAAGCAAUUGAAAAUGAUUGUUGUUUCAAACCGAAAACUUCUUUCAAUGGAAUCGAUUUCUUAAGCGAAUGCCUAUAUAAUUCUAAUCCAAAAUAUCCAGGACGUAGCAAUCCAUGGAAGGGCGUGUUCGAUUUGAAUUGGGUCGUGGAGUACUUGCAAAUUAAACCAAGGCCGUAUUUUCCUUUAUCUUGUUUAAUGUCAAGGUCAACUGCUGUCAGAUACAUUCAAGCUCAUUUGAGAGGAUAUUGGGUGAGAAGAAGAGCAGAUCUUCAAGAAAUUAGGUCAUUUUGGAAGAAUAUAAAGUUCAAUAGAGAUAGUGAGACUAAUGCUUCUAUGGUUGCAAUGUCCGAAUCUUCAAAGAAACCGUCACAAAGCAAUGUUGAUGAAAAUGAAGCUAAAUGAAUGUUAUUUUUAAAUUAUUAAAAGGAUUU